CACUCUCUUCCACUCCAAAUCUCAAAGCACCUCUCUCAUUCCCCCUCCCAAACCAAAACCCAAAUCCACCGGAAAACGUCGCCGUUUUCUUCUUCUUAUGGAUUCAAAACCCAGUUUCUAAUUCCGGAACCAAAACCUAAUCAUCUCUACCGAAGCUUUUGAGCUCAGCAAUGUCGAAGGAGAGCUCAACGGCACGAUUCCCAGCCCGAAACGUUUCGAGGACGCCGCAGCCGGAGCCGAACGAGAACGAGUUCGAAACACCGGCGAAUCCAAUCCAAUUUCCGCCUCCGAGGACGCCUCUGAACAGCAUAGCAGAUCCAGCGCAAUUGCAGAAGGAGUUUCUGGAACUCGAUUUGGAUUCGCAUCCGAAGCUCGAAGCGGUUAGAUCCGGUAGGUUUUCUUUAUCGGAGAGAAGGCUCGAGGCUUUGGAUAAAGGUGGAAAUGCCGGUCUCAGCUUCGGAACUCCUAGGGUUUCAGGCAGAGGAGGAAAGGCGCAUUCGGAGCCUAACUCGGCGCAAAGCACUCCGGCGAGAAAUCGAGCUUCAAUUGGAGGUUGUGCAGUGAGCAGAGCUCCGGUGUACAAUGGAGGCAGAGCUGGAAGUUCUUCUAGAAUCUCCCGGGAGAUUCCGGUGGCCAAUUCGGAGAUUUUGACUCAAGUACCGCAUUUUGAGCUUGAUGAAGACUCGUCGUUUUGGACUGAUCACAAUGUGCAGGUACUAAUUCGAAUUCGGCCAUUGAGUAGUAUGGAGAGGGCUUUGCAAGGGUGUGGUAGGUGUUUGAAGCAGGAGAGCUCACAAACUUUGGUGUUGCAUGGUCCUCCUGAUGCUAGAUUCACAUUUGAUCAUAUUGCAUGCGAGAUGAUAUCACAGGAAAAGCUGUUCAAGGUUGCAGGAAUGCCCAUGGUGGAGAAUUGCUUGUCUGGUUAUAAUAGCUGUAUGUUCGCCUACGGUCAGACAGGUAGUGGCAAAACGUACACAAUGAUGGGUGAGAUAUAUGAGAUUGAGGGACAACUCAAUGACGAUUGUGGGAUUACUCCACGCAUUUUUGAAUAUUUGUUCAAGAGGAUUAGAAUGGAAGAGGAGAACAGGAGAGAGGAACAGCUGAAGUAUAGCUGCAAAUGUUCCUUUCUCGAGAUUUACAAUGAGCAGAUAACAGAUCUCUUGGAGCCUUCAUCAACUAAUCUACAACUCAGGGAGGACUUGAAGAAAGGGGUUUACGUUGAAAACCUUACAGAAUACAAUGUGACAAAUGUUAAUGAUGUUGUCAAGCUUCUGUUACAUGGUGCUUCGAACAGAAAAAUGGCAGCUACACACAUGAACAGCGAGAGCAGCCGCUCACAUAGUGUUUUCACUUGUAUCAUUGAAAGUCGUUGGGAAAACGAUUCCAUGACUCAUUUUAGAUUUGCAAGGUUGAAUUUAGUAGAUCUAGCUGGUUCAGAGAGGCAGAAAGGCUCUGGUGCAGAGGGAGAUCGUUUGAAAGAAGCAGCAAAUAUAAACAAAUCGUUAUCAACUCUUGGGUUGGUGAUAAUGUCUCUAGUUGAUUUAGCGCAUGGGAAGCAGAGACAUGUUCCUUAUAGAGAUUCGAGGCUUACGUUUCUGCUUCAGGAUUCUCUGGGUGGGAACUCUAAAACAACUAUAAUUGCAAAUGUCAGCCCAUCUAGUUGUUCUGCAAAUGAGACGCUAAGCACUUUGAAGUUUGCCCAGCGUGCGAAACUUAUCCAGAACAAUGCUAAAGUGAAUGAAGAUGCUUCAGGUGACAUAACUGCCCUUCAGCGACACAUCCAACAGCUAAAGGGCCAGUUGUCCUUUCUGAUGAAGCAUCAUAACCUCUCAUGGCCUUCAUCAAGUUGUGCCCCAAGUAUUGAAGAACCUAGACUCGGUGACUUGCUUGAGGAAGACAACUGUAUAGGAGCGAAAACGGAAACUGAUAGUCAUAAGAUGUCAAGUGUCCAAAACAAGAAGUUGAAAUGCAUGGAAGCCAUUUUGGUUGGUGCCCUGAGAAGGGAAAAGAUGGCAGACAAUGCACUACAGAAUUUGGUGGCUGAAAUUGAACAUAUGAACCGUUUGGCCUGUGAAAGAGAGGAGGAUGCUAGACAUACUAAAAUAAUGCUAAGGUCUCGUGAUGAGAAAAUUAAAAGACUUGAGUUGUUGGUGGAUGGAAUGUUGUCUGCCGAGAAGUAUCUCAUGGAAGAGAACAAAGCUUUGCUAGAAGAGAUGCAGAUGCUUCAAACAAGACCUGAUGGAAAUCCAGAAUUGGCCCGAUAUGCUGUGGAGAACAGUAGACUUGUUGAGCAACUUCAAUUGUAUAAAAAAUUUUACGAACACGGAGAGCGAGAAACAUUGCUAGCUGAAGUAUCAGAAUUACGUAAUCAGCUUCUGGAUAUACUUCAAAAAAAGCUUCCAUUCUCAACUGAAAAUGAAAGUCAGAAUAGUGAUAUCAGAAAGGAAUUGGAAGAUUGCAGGAACAUGAACUCUAAGCUGAUUAGGGAAGUAGAUGAACUACAAUUAGAAAUGAGAAAGUACAUGAGCUCCAGUCAAGCUGCAUCCGACUCUGUCAGAGAUUCUUUCUCCAAGGGUGCUGAGGAGUUCAGGCAAUCAGAUAAAUAUUCAAUGGUGGAAACCUUUUCUGUGGGAAGCGACUCUGGAGAUGAAAUGGCAUCUUAUACCGAGGCAGAUGAUGAGGCUUUACAGAAUCAUGUGAUUCAUAACCAAAAUGGUGUUGAUAGUCUAAAGAAGUUGAUGGAUGCUAAAAUGUUGACUGAGGCAGGGAAGUCUGAGCAGGCUUGUUUGAAAUCACGUGAUUUUCGUAAGGAAAGCAUGGGUUUGCUGAUGGAUAGCAGUAAAGAUGUUGAGAGGAGAGCUUUACAAGCCAAGUUGGACAAAAUGGCUAAGGACCUGGAGGAGGUCAAAUCACUUAAUAGCCACUUUCAAGAAGAUAAGCUAUUACAGUUGUCUUGCCAGAAACAAACUGAAAUGGUUUGUGAACAGGUUGAGAUCGAGACGGCAAGAACAAUUCUUCAUUUACAGGAAGAGGUUGCUGUCCUUCAGCUUGAACUUGAUGAAAAAUUACAGGGCAUGAUUCAGGAAAAUACUACAUUGAAAAAUACCAUAGCAUCUAAAGAGGAUGAAAUAAGGACGCUGAAAAUGGAUUGGGAAAAGGCAACCUUAGAACUAACAAGGUUCCUUCUUGAUGGUUCUAGAUCCCUCAAAAAUGCCUCCAGCCAAAUAAAAAGUAUCACCCACUCAUUUCCUCAAGCUAAUGUUUGUAUUAGUGAAAAUGUUCAGAGGGCUGCCAAAGUUUGCUUGGAAAAGGAAGAAACGAUUAUAUUACUGCAAAAGAGCUUGGAAGAUGCACAAAAGAUGGUAACAGAAAUGGGACAGAAGUUAAGUUCCUUGAAGGGAGCAACAAUGGCUUUAAGUGAACUCCAGCAUCUGAAUAGUGAUGAAAAAAUGAAGUCUAAAGAUCUUCAUCACUUGAUACAUGAAAUAAAAAAUGAGCUUACUGUAGCAAAUGGUAGAUUGAAAAAUAUUGAAGAUUUUGUUUACAUGUGCCCUUCAGGAGACACAGUUUUAGGAGAUGAGGAUGAGUGGAGUACUGAUAGUUCCAUGUCAAGCUGUGAUACUUCAUCUGAAAGUAUUUCUUCUGGACAUGUAUUGUGGACAAUGGAAGGGCAUUUAGGGGACCUAAAAGUCGAAGAAGGUCCAGUACUUCAGUCUGCUUAUCGAGAUCCAGAAAAGUCAAACAAGCUGUUAAAAAAUUUCACUCAACCUGAAGGAGCAACGUUCUGCCUGAAAAAAGAAUUAGAGAUAACACUUGAUGCUUUUAACACUCUAUAUGUUCGGUUAGCCUCACUUGUUAGUGAGACUGUCAGUGAAAAUCAUUCUCAACAAGGAGAUGUAAAACAAAUUGUUCCACCGUUUAAGCUGAAGACGGAGAGUACUUAUGCAGGUUGUCAUACAACAGAAAAGUUAGUUGCUGGUGAGAAAAGUGAUUUCGCUAGUAGCUUCUUAAUCAAUUUUGAAGAAGCGCAUGCAACAAUAAAAGAGGCUGAUUUCAUGUUAAAUGCCUUGCUGGAAGCCAAUGAAAAUUCAAAACAAUUGACUGGGCUGUGGAAGCAAACUGGUGAGGAACUCAUGUUAGAGAGAGCAAGCUUUAUUAAAGAAGUGGAACAUCUCAAAUCUUCAGUACUUUUAAAAGAAAGAGAGAACAAACUGCUGCAAAAUCAAUCUUAUUCUGAUUUGGCAGAGAUAGAAAAAUCAGUGUCUCUUCUUGAAGAGUGUUUCAUGCAAUUAAAAAGUGAUGUCGAGGACAGGUUUAAAGUAAUAUAUGCUGAUGUUUUCUCAAUGGGGAGUGAGAUACGCAACUUUAUUAGCAGUUCUAGAUCAUUCCUAGAAGAAACAUGCUCUAAGACAUUGGAGAAAGAAUUUGCCAUGUUUGUGCUUCAUCAGUGUCUAAGAGGAGAGCUGGUCCGCAAUAUGUCAUGUGUUGAUUUAGAUACUGAUUAUCGGCAAUUCAGGAAGCAAGAAGAAUGUUCAGAGAUGAAUAAACUGCAUAAGAUAUGGUCAAGUGGUGAGGAGAGCACCAUGCUUAUUAGUACCCUCUGCAUAGAUGAUGGGGAUCAACGUGAAGUUGUCACCAACUUGAAAGAAAGCAAGUGCGGUCUCUCCCAUGAUACUUUGAUACAUAAGAACUUAGUACUGAAGGAAGAAUUGGAAAGGAAGGAAGCUCUACUAGAGGGCGUGCAUUUUGAUUUUAGAACGUUGCAGGAAUCAGCAUCCAACACAAAGGAUAUAAAGGACGAAACUGAAAAGCUGAUACAAUCUUUGAGCCAAAUUCAGCUUGAACUGGAAAUGAAAACAUGCCACCUUGAUGACAUGUUGGUUGAACAUAGAAAACUUGAGGAUCAUCUGACUAAUACUGAAAAGGCUUUGCUUGUAUCAAAUUCUAAUCUUGAGCAGGCCAAUGAAACAGUUGAAACUCUUUCAGAGCAAAACAUUGAGUUGAAAGUGCUUCUAAAAGAUCUCUAUCUAAACAAAGUUGAAGCUGAAGAACAACUGGAAGAGCAGAAGGAGGUGGUGAAAGGUUUGGAAAAAGAAAUUCUACAUUUGAAUUCUUCGAUGGAAGAAAAAGUACUUUGUUCAGUUGAAGGUAUUCAGAGUGAUUUGAGAAAGGCUAUCAGUGAAAGAGAUCGACUCCAUGAGGAAGUUCAGUCCUUGAAUGAUAAACUUGAGAUGGCAUGUGCAAUAGCUGAUGAAAACGAAGCUAUCUCUGUUGAAGCUCGCCAGGAAGCUGAGACAAGUAAGAUGUAUGCCAAACAAAAAGAAGAGGAAGUUAAGAUCUUAGAACACUCUGUUGAGGAGCUUGAAUGCACCAUCAAUGUACUAGAAAAAAAGGUGUAUGAGAUGGAUGAUGAGGUAGAAAGACAUCGAUUGAUCAGAGAUGCACUAGAACUGGAACUCCAAGCUUUAAGACAGAGAUUGUCAACAGUUGAAAAUUUCACUGAAAAUGCGGAUUCGGAAAACACAAAAGCUGAAGAAGAUGAAGACCUGACAUCUAGGCAACUUAAGAGUAAGCUACUGGAACUUCAUGAGGCUCAUAACAGGAUAAAGCUUCUUGAAGAGGAAAGAGCAGAAUGGGAUAAAGAGAUCAAACAAUGCAAGGAAUACAUCUCUGAACUUGUGUUGCAUGCGGAAGCUCAGGCGUCACAGUACCAACAGAAGUACAAGACUCUUGAGGCCAUGGUCUCAGAAGUAAAAGCAGAUAAGACAUGUUCAACAACCACAGCUGCAACAUCAGACAAAACCGAGAGGAGCUCAAUCAGGACAAGGGGCUCCGGUUCACCCUUCAGGUGCAUAUCAACUUUGGUUCAGCAAAUGAAUAUGGAGAAGGAUCAGGAAUUGUCUACAGCCAGGCUUCGGAUUGAGGAACUAGAGGCACUGGCUGCCAGUCGGCAAAAGGAGGUAUGUUUGCUGAAUACUAGGCUAGCAGCAACAGAAAGCAUGACACAUGAUGUCAUUCGAGAUUUACUUGGUGUCAAAUUGGACAUGACUAACUAUGCAGACUUGAUAGACCAAUACCAGGUUCAAAAAUUAGUAGAAGAGGCUCAUCAGCAGACAGAAGACUUCCUGGCAAAGGAGCAAGAAAUUCUCAACUUGAGAAAGCAGAUAAAUGAUCUAAUGGAGGAAAGGCAAAGUUGCAUAUCUGAAAUAGAAAAAAAAGAAGGGGAUAUACUGGCUGCUCAGAUGUCUGUGCAAGAACUCCAAGAGAGGGAUCAAAUGCUUUCUGCACAGAAUGAGAUGUUGAAGACGGACAAGGCCAAUCUAAAGAGGAGAGUAUCGGAACUGGAUGAUAUGGUAAAAACAAUUCUUGGAACACCAAGUACCCGGCAUCCAAGUCAACAAACAUCCACGAACAAGAAAAGUGCAUUCAGGUUACAUGAUGGUGAUUUUACCAGAAGACUGGAACAGUCUGAGAAGCAUCUCUCUCGUGUCAAUGGUGAACUUGCUCAAUAUAUCAAAUCAGGUGGUGGUCAGGUGCGAGACAAACGCUUCAGUCACGGGUCAGAACUAGACAACAGGAAGCAGAAGAACUUGAGUCUGGAUAGAGUAUAAAAUGCUGCAGAGCUCCUUAGUGCGAGAUUGAAGAUGAUUGCCCCUCAACCACGGAAGUAGUCCCACACAGCCACACUAGCCCCCUUAUUCAAAGAGUUUUUCUACGUGAUUUAAAUUUUUUUUUUUUUUUUGCAAAGCAUGUGAAGCUGUUUGUAUGGUAUAUAUUUCCAUU